CUGUGUGUGUGACAGACGGAGAGAGGAUCUUGGGGCUGGGAGACCUGGGCUGCUGUGGCAUGGGCAUCCCCGUGGGUAAGCUGGCCCUCUACACAGCCUGUGGGGGUGUGCCGCCCCAGCAGUGCCUGCCUGUCAUGCUGGAUGUGGGCACAGACAAUGAGGCGCUGCUGAAGGACCCUCUCUACAUUGGGCUGAGACAUAAGAGAGUGCGAGGCCAGGCCUAUGAUGACCUGCUGGAUGAAUUUAUGAAGGCUGUGUCGGACAGGUAUGGAAUGGACUGUCUGAUUCAAUUUGAGGACUUUGCUAAUGUAAACGCUUUCCGUCUGCUGAGCAAGUACCGCAACAAGUACUGCACGUUUAACGAUGACAUCCAAGGUACUGCUGCAGUGGCAGUAGCUGGACUCCUUGCCGCUCUCCGCAUCACCAAGAGCAAAAUGUGCGACCACACCAUUGUGUUCCAGGGUGCAGGGGAGGCAGCUAUGGGGAUUGCUGAGCUGAUCACCAUGGCCAUGGAGAAGGAGGGACUCGCUAAGGAGGAGUGUUUGAAAAAGAUCUGGAUGGUUGAUUCCAAGGGUCUCAUUGUCAAGGGUCGAGACCACCUGACUCAUGAGAAGGAGAGGUUUGCUCACGAGCACCCACAGAUCAAGAAACUGGAGGAUGCGGUACGGGAACUGAAGCCCACAGCAAUCAUUGGUGUGGCAGCUGUAGCCGGAGCCUUCACCGAGCAGAUCAUCACAGACAUGGCUUCCUUCAAUGAACGCCCAAUCAUCUUUGCCCUCAGCAACCCGACCAGCAAAGCCGAAUGCACUGCUGAGCAGUGUUACACACUCACAGAGGGGCGGUGCAUCUUUGCCAGUGGCAGCCCAUUUGACCCCGUCACCCUGCCUGAUGGGAGGACGUUCUUCCCGGGUCAGGGAAACAAUGCCUACAUCUUCCCCAGUGUGGGCCUGGGUGUCACCGCCUGCGCCGUCCGACACAUUACUGAGGAAAUCUUCCUCACUGCAGCAGAGUAACACAGUGCUCUUGCUCACCUGGUGACGGAGAAGGACCUUGCAGAGGGGAGAUUGUAUCCUCCUCUCAGCUCUAUCAGGGACGUCUCUCUCAAACUGGCUGUCAAGAUCAUAGAGUAUGCCUAUGAGCACAACAUGGCGACACUUUAUCCGGAGCCGUCCGACAAAGAGGCGUAUGUGCACUCGCUGACCUACAGCACUGACUAUGAUGAGUUUGCUGUGGACUCGUACCGCUGGCCAGAGGACAGUAUGACUGUGCAGUCAUGCAAACUAUAAUACACUGGACGGAGAGAGAAUGAGCCCUGGGCAGGGUAACUACUGACAUGCAAUUGCAUCACUAGACGUGAUGUUGGGAUAUGAAAUAGGUUGUGUAGAAUUUACCUCAUUAAUAUAUUACUGUGAAGUGAAUGGUGGCAACACAUGUAGUAUUGUGCUUUAUGUCUUUGAUGUCUCCCUCUCCAGUGAUGAAAAGCAAUAGUGAAUUUAUAAAUCACUGAAUGGAGGGAAACUGGUGAGUCAGAAAAACAGGAAAUGCUCCACUAAUGGUUGUUAUCACAUUGCAUUUUACGAUAAUUAUUGGGGAAAGUCCUUCACAGGUUACUUUUAAUUGUACCAGAAUAGACAGUUAAUUUAUGUCAGCUAUAUCCAAGAACUCUUUUGUCAAAUAAAAAUGGUUUUCAUUAAUGUUUUCCAUGUCCGAUUACUACAUUUGAACUGACAAAGGAUGCCUUGACCUCUAACAAAGAUAUUAAAAUUUAUGAUAUAAAAAGUA